AUGAAUCCUCAUCAUGAAGAAUGGUAUUGUCCAGGAAAGGUUAUUAUUGUUAAAGAUAAAAUGCAAGAAUGUCAAUAUAAAUUAUCUGAACCUUAUGGAAAGAAUUUUGAUAAUGAAUUUAAACCAUAUUAUUCACCUAAACAAAUGUUGAAAAUGGGAGUAUUUGAAGGGAAAUACUUAAAUGAUUGUGUGAAUGAGUUCCCAAUUGAAUGGUAUGAUGAAAGUAAAGAUAAAAGGAGUCUUGUUGCUGACCCAAAAUUGAAUUAUUUUGGAGUCAAAUCAAGACAGUCUUUAACAACUUGGAAAAAAAAUGGAUGGAUCCCAGUUUGUAAAGGAGACUAUGACAUCAGGGGAUGGUUUCAGUGGUAUUGUCGAUACUAUAUUGGAAGGAGAGGUCCAUCAGAUCAAAUUCAAAUCAAAAGGUGGAAAGCUUUUAAACGUCAUCGAGGUCAAAUUGAUGCUUCAAUAAAAAAGCUUCCAAUAAACAAAAAACCAAAAACAAUCAAAGAGUUAAAGAAUCAUCGACCAAAACAACGACAAGCAUUAUUACAAUGGAGUCAUUUCUGUUUAUGA